AAGAUAGGAAUGUUGAUUAUCGAUCUGGCCGUUGGCGGUUAUAUGUAUGUGACGUAAUAUGAGACCAUACUGUUUGAAUAAAUCCUAUUGGCUACUGAGGUCACGCCACUUCUCCCCGCCAACGUUCCUUACCGUUCCAGCAGCUAGUGUUCUACCCAGUCCAGUUUUACCCACGGUCCGUGAAACCCGCGUCCUCCCGACCAAAAUGUAGUACAAUAGUUUUCCUGAAUUGGUGUAAUUUUAUUACCCAGUAUCAUUACCACCGGCCACGAACAUCACAAAUGGCGACGAGGAUUUGUGGAAAUUAGUAUUAGUGCGAAAUUCCGAGUGUACAUCGCCGCUGGACAUCAACAGUGAACACCACGUGCGCGAACAACACGAGGACAGUUUUGAUCGAGUGAACAUCACAAAAUGGCGAGUGAACAUCACGAAGAUUAACAGUACGAAUUUUCUUUAGUUUCAAACCAAUUAGUGUGGGAGGAAGUGUAGUGUGCAACAAAAUUAUUUUAGCUACUAGUUGAUGUGGCAAGUACAAUUAGACGAACUACCGUUUCCUGUAACUAAUAUAAUGGCGCAAAUAGGCGUUAUCGGGGAAUAUGACGGGUCAGUUGAAACCUGGGCGUCAUACAUCGAACGUUUUGAGCUGUAUGUGGACUGUAAUAGCAUUGACGCGGGUAAAAAGGUCAGUAAGCUUUUAACUGUGAUAGGGGUAAAAACGUAUAGUUUGUUGAGAGACCUGUGCACUCCUAAUAAACCGUCGGAAAAGACAUUUAAUGAACUGGUGCAACUUGUGCAAAAACAUUUAUUCCCGACUCCUAGCUUCAUCGCGGAGCGAUAUCGUUUUAGUAAGCGAGUACAGUUGGAAGGCGAGUCGGUUGCCGAGUAUAUUGCAAAUUUGAAAAAAAUGACAACCCAUUGUGACUUUGGCGCGUCGCUAAAUGAUUACUUGAGAGACAGACUGGUGAGUGGCAUCAGAAGUGAAAGUGCCAAACAAAAACUUUUAUCGGAAGCCUCGUUAACGUUCGAGCAAGCGACCAAAAUAGUGCUUUCAAUGGAGCAAGCAGAAAAAUCGGCGGCAGCUCUAUCAGUCGGAAGACCCGAGCGGAUCCAUCAGUUGAGCAGCGUGGUGGCCAGGAGGGGGAGAUUCGGAAAUGGCGCACCGCAUUCCCAGACAGCACGGAGCGACAACGCUGGAGCGGCCUGGAAGGGAGCAGGGGGAACAGCCAAGGUCAGCGGCGGCACGUCACCAGGGCCUUCUGGAUGGCAGCGGCGAUCUCCGCCAGGUGGCAGUGGCAGUGCGCAAUGUUUAUGUUGUGGCCUCACAGGGCAUUUCCGUUCACAGUGCAGGUUAUUAGGUGUGAAGUGUCAUUUCUGCGGUAAACAAAACCACAUAGCAAAAGUGUGUCGUUCUAAGUUUGCUGGUCGGCAAGGUACAAAUGUAAAUAGAGAUAAGACUAAUUUUAGAGAUAGUAAAGGCACUGGGAAUUCCAAAAAUUAUCGCAAACAUAACUACCUAGAAGGUGUUGAUGACAGUAAUCAGGUGUCAGGGGACACUGAGCAAUUUGUGGAUGAUGUAGCCAAUUUAUUUAGAAUGAAUGAAAAUGUGACUGACAGGGUCAAGGUAGACCCAAUUCAGCUUGAUUUAAUUGUUAAUGGUAAAAGCUUAACGUUUGAGGUUGAUACAGGGGCUUCUGUGAGUGUUUGCAGUGAGGAAUAUUACAAUUCUCAUUUCCAGAUGUGUAAAUUAGAACCUAGUGAGUUGACACUCAGCUCUUAUACCGAUCAACCUAUCACACCUGUAGGCAAGAUCAAAGUUGAAGUUAAUUAUAACAAAGUAAACAAAGUAAUGGACUUGUAUGUCAUCAAGUCUGGUGCUCAUCCACUUAUAGGUAGGGAAUGGUUAAGUGCUCUAGGGGUUGAAAUUUCGUUUAAAAAUAAUAACAGGUUAUUUGAGAUAAGUAAAACCAAUGCCGAUAGUUGUCUUGAACUUAAGAACAAGUUGUUCAAAGAAUUUCCUAAGGUGCAAUGUGUUCAGGCAUUCGAUAGAGUAAAAGAACUGCUAAGUAGUGAGACUAUCUUAGCGCACUAUGACGGCAAACUUCCGUUGAAGCUGGCGGUAGACGCGAGUUCUUUUGGACUAGGUGCGGUCCUGAGUGUUGUCACACCAGAAGGUAUUGAAAAACCAUUAGCAUACCAGUCUAGAACGCUAACUAAUGCUGAAAAGAACUACUCCCAGAUCGAUCGAGAGGCUCUAGCAAUUGUCUGGGGC